AUGGAUUUCAUCAAAACCAGUUCCCUGCGUGCUCUUACGGCUCUAUCGAGGAACCACGGCCAAGCCGUGCAAAGCGGCUGGCCGAGGAAUGGAUGUUCCGCGGUCGGCCAAAAUCAAAUCCGUCCGUCUAAAGCUUCGGCCAAAGUUCAAAUCAUCCGGCCGAGCACUUGGCACGACACGGGAAGCAAUGUCCCGCGGUCGGCCACGCCACGCCCACUCAAGACGAUGCCGCGCACGACCAUGCCGCGCGAUCCAGGAAGCAACGCCUCGCGGCCGCGCGUCCUUGCUGAUCGCGGGAUCAGGUCUUCCCUUUUCCUAUCCCUGAUUCUGCAAGUGCACAGAUCAAAAGUAGUAAACGGUAUCGAACACAAGGAGCAGAUAAGUACACUUCGAGUAUUGCAAGUCUAA